AUGCCACCUCACAAUCCGCACCCCCUCCCCUCCCUCACCCUAAUCGUGGCAACGACCCCAAUCCGCACCGCGUCGACAGCCACAAAAGACGAAAUUACCCGCCUAGGCAUCGGCCUAAAUGGCACACUCCCAUGGCCGCGCAUAAAAACAGACAUGUCAUUCUUCGCUCGCGUGACAUCCCGCCCACCGAGCCCCGGCACGACAAACGCGAUCAUCAUGGGUCGCAAAACGUACGACUCAGUGCCCGCCUCGUUAAGACCACUCGCGAAGCGAAUCAACGUUGUCAUCACGCGUGACACAUCCGGGACUGUUCGUGAGAGUGUAACUACGGAAUUGGGGAGUAUGAGGAGAAAGAUUGCGGCCAAGGCUGCUCAGGCACAGGCUACGAGUGCGGAAAAGGAGGCUUUGGACCCGCCCAAAGAAGUUGUUCCUGCUGCGCCGGUAGGCCCGAUGACGGAUGCAAUUGUUACGCCAAGUCUGGGCGCGGCGUUGGAGCAGUUGGACUCUGUGUAUGGGGCGCAGGGUACACUUGGAAAGAUCUUUGUUAUUGGUGGUGCGGAGAUUUAUAAUGCUACGUUGCAUAUGGAUGCCGAGGAGUUGCGUGGUCGGCCUGUUAGAGUUGUCAUGACGAACGUUGUGCGGAAGGGGGCCGUGGGUGCGCCGGCUUCGUUCGAAUGUGAUACGUUUUUCCCGCUAGAUGGGCUUCAUGAGAAAAAUGGGUGGCGGGCUGCUAGCCCUGGAGAGGUUUCCGAGUGGGUUGGGGAGGAGGUUGAUGGGGAGUGGAAGGGGGAUGGGGAUGUUGAAGUUCAGAUGGUUGGAUUUGAAAAAUUGAUUUAG